GUCUUCGUUUUCGCUCCUAGCUCUGUUCGGUUUCUGAGAAACUGGAGGGAAAUACUGGAUGUGGAAAUAUUCAUGUUUCUUUUUGUGAUAUAAUAAUUAAUCUGUCUUUUCCACCAAAUGAUGAUUAAUGGCUAGACUGGCUUCCAUUGUUAGUGGAAAACUCAUGAUUUUCAGGGUUCUUCUUUUUCUAUUAGAUUUCUCUGUCGCCAAAUUAUUGGAUGAACCUGCAUUUUGUUUAGAUCUGUUACUUUUCUGACUUGAUUGUGAACAUGGGUUUUUGUUUGAAUUGGAGCAAGAAAGUAUGAAAAUUGCAUCAGUUUAGAGACGAAGAUCAACAAGGAGAUACCUGACCGCCCAUUCUGAUUUAAUUUCCUUCUUGUUUUUUUUUUCCCUGAUGCAUGUUCUUUUAAUUAACUGUGAUAUUGAUUUUAGCUUGAUUAAAAUUAUUGGAAGUUGAAAAUCGAUUGUUUUGUUGAAAGAUGAUUUGGAUUUCCCAUGUCAAACAGCCAAAGAAUAUUUAUACUAUUUCUUUCUGGUUUUUAAACUGAAAUGAACUGCCAUUGACGAAAACAGUGGAUUCUUGAAAUGGGCUGGGUGAUUUGUUGGGAUACUAUCUGAAGGGAUCUCUAUUACUUUAUCUGAAAUUUAGAAUAAGGGUUAGUGUUAGGAUUCCACGACUGGUGAAGAAACAGUCCCAGCAACCAGGAACCUAAUUCCAUAAAUCCCAGUAGCUGUUUUCCCCCCUAGGAUUUAUCUCUGUUCUUGCUCACGGGCUAUUGUCUUUCUAGCCACUUCUCAAUUUUUCCAUGUUUUACUUGCUUCCAUUCUGCUUCGUGAAAAAAACAUAUGUAUGCAUAUUCUCUUGCGGGCAUGAGGUUGAGUUAUUUCAGCUUCCUAACAACUUGUGAACUUAUGAAUUUUGAGAAACUAAAGUUGCUGGAGAGUGAAUCAGAACCCUUUUUCCUUGUGCUUUUGCAGGUAAAAUGAGUCAGUGAAGAAUGGAAGGGUCCAAAAUGUCAUCUGAUGUGAAAUCAAGUCGUACAUGCUCAGAACCUUCCAGUGAAAGGGGAUUCGGUUUGGAGCUCAAGAAGAGUUCUAGAUGGCAGCAACAUUUGGAUACUGCUCUUCCAACCCAAGCAAUGCAGAGUCUAAAACAUCAAGACAAGUUGAAAGCAAAAUAUUAUGGUAGUCAGCGAUGUGUUGACAUGCCUCGUGAACUGAAACUUCAUGCAAAUGAUAGGAUCUUGGUCCAACCAAAAACUUCAGGGAACAACCACCAGCUGCACUCUGUCAAGAGAAAUUCAAGAAAGGAUGACGAGCUUGUAAAGUAUAUGUCAGAUUUGCCAGGUUAUCUCCAGCGCAUGGAGAGAAGUGAAAGUAUACAGGAUAAGGCUUUGAAUGUUGGAGUUUUGGACUGGUCACGUCUAGAGAAAUGGAGGAUUGCAGCAAGUUAUAGCAAUAGCACAUCAUUGACUAGCAGCAAUUUGCCAAGUAAAAUUACUAUGAAGUCCGCUACUCCAAAUGCGGUUCGCAAUAACACUCUCGCUCACCGAAGCAAGCAGCAUCCUUCUCUUUCUUCAAGUCUGAACUCUUCUCACAGAGACCAUGUUUCUCGAGCUUCCAAACCUCCUAUCCAGAAUGCUUCAUGCUUUCAAGAUUUUGAAACUUCUUCCAAGAGCAGUGUGAACGGGCAGAAAAAAGUACGAAGGACCAACAAGUCUGUUGGCAGAAAUAAUUCAGAUGUCAUUCUUGAACAGGGGAAAAGAGAAGAUGUAAAUCAGAAGAUCACUUCUAAAGUUAGAAGUCGGUCUUCAAACUCAAGAUAUGACAGUAUCUCAAUCAGGUCCAAGGUGAAUAUGAGCGCUUGUGACAGUGCGGCCGAGAAGAGAGCUGGGGAGAAGGAAGGGCUAGAAGUAAAGAGAAAACCAUUGGAUCAGACGAUUACAUCAAGGAUCAGAGCUCCAUCAUCACAGUUGAGAAGCCAUGAUGUUUCGCCCAGUUCUAAGGCAAAGAAUGUUGCUGAUGGUAAAACUAAGAAGGGAAUAGAGGAGUUGCAGGAAUCUUCUAUUGAUCUUUCUCCUCAACACCAAUCCAUGGAGAACAACAUAGUUCUCCUUGUACCAAAAAAGUUCCCCGCAAAUUGCUCCCUUCAGGAACCAAGGACACCGCUGGAUAAGGAUUUGAAUGAAACACACCGACGGAGCUUGUCAGAUGUCUUUUCUCAUGUGGAAGCUCAGUCUUCAGAACCUUCUGAAAUUCUGCACCCAUGCUCGCUGAUUUCUAGAAAGGAAACUGACACAGAACCCCACAAAUCGCUGCACGCUGCAAUGGUUACACGGGGUGCAGAGACGUCAGCUGAUGCAUCCGACACAUCUGCAUGUUCAAGUAAGAUGCCAAUUAGACUGUCUGAAGAUAAAUUUGCAGGAGAGAGCAGUGGUAGGGCUGCGAAAGGAAGUGUAAUUGAAACUUCAAAUACUUUGGAUCAAGAAACAAUGGAAGUGAUGGCAAGAAAAGGCAGGCAUCCUUCACCAAAUCGCCGGUUUAGCUUCAGCUUAAGUCGAAUGAGUAGGAGUUUCAGCUUCAAGGAGAGUUCAACUGUCCCACAGUUGAGCUCCACCUACAUUUCCACGAAGUCUGGCCCCGUGAUAUCCGAAGGUUUUGCUUGUUUGGAUAAUUCAAACAGAGAGAAGGCAAGUGGUCAUAACAGAGCUAGAUCCAGCCCGUUGAGAAGGAUGCUAGAUCCUCUGCUGAAGUCCAGGAGCUCGAGGACACUUCUUUCAGCUGAAAAUGACUCUUUAAAGGAUAGCUUGAAUUCCUUCAACUUGAAGCGAUUUGAUGCUACUGAACCACUUAAGGAUGAAAAGCAUGAGCCACCAAGAAUAAAAGCUCUCCUGCAACUUACAAUAAGGAACGGAGUUCCUUUGUUCAGAUUUGCGGUUGGCAACAAUAGCAACAUUCUUGCAGCCACCAUGAACAAGUUAUCAUCACCUCAGAAGAAUGAUUCAGGCUGCGACUAUACAUUCUAUACAAUUGAUGAAAUCAAGAAAAAGAGUGGUAGCUGGAUAAAUCAAGGUAGUAAAGAGAAGAGUUGUGGCUAUAUCUACAAUGUGAUUGGCCGCAUGAAGGUUAAUAAUAGCUCUUCUAUCUCUGCUUUGACUGGACCAAGCUCUAUUUGCCAGAUUAAGGUGAAAGAGUCUGUUUUGUUUGGUGUCGACCUAAGUCAGGCAGAUCAGGCAUCGCCAAGGUUCGUGGCAAAUAGGGAGCUUGCAGCAGUUGUUGUCAAAAUGCUUAAUGAAAUCUCAGGCCUUGACCUGCGGCAGACUGAUCAAAAUGAUAACUUGAUGCACAAGGGCUCCUCACAGUGCCUUCCAGAAAGUCAAUGUUCUGGUAACUUGGGAAAAACUGAACACUCAAAUAGUGCUACUACUGUCAUACUUCCCGGUGGUAAUCAUAGCUUGCCAAACGAGGGAGUUCCUUCUCCAUUGAUACAUCGGUGGAGAUCUGGUGGAUCAUGCGACUGUGGAGGUUGGGAUGUUGGUUGUAAACUACGCAUACUCUCCAAUGGAAGCCAGUGUAAUGAGAUUCCAAGGACAUCCAAAAGUUGCCUUAUGCCAGAUUGUUUUGAACUUUUCUCUGAGGGAGCAAACCAACAAGAUCAGCCUAUCUUCAGUUUGGCACAAGUGGAAAAGGGAAUGUAUUCGAUUGAAUUCAGUUCAUCAAUUUCUUCAUUACAGGCAUUCUUCAUUGGUGUCACGGUUAUAAGCUGUCAAAAAUCAACUGAUCUUCUGGAUGUCAGCAAUGCUUCCGGUGAAAAGUUUCAACAGGAACCAAGGAACUCCAGUGAUGUAACAAAGACGAUCCACACCAUGCCCUCAGGGAAGACACAUGUGAAAUACACUCUAAGCCCCCCUCUUUCCCCUUUUGAAAGGGUGUAGUGGGUUCGUGCCAGGAGGCUGUUUGCUGUUGGUGUAUAGUUGCUAAAGUUCUUGAAAUGGCAAAAGAGGGAUUAGAGAUGGGGCGUUCAUGAUUGAUCGCAUUGGUUUUCAUUGACUUGGGUCGGAAUGAUUUUUCGUCAGCUGUAAUCACCACUAAUAUCACCCUUGUGUUGAGUGUAAAGAAAACAAUGCCAUGAAAUAUACAGCUCUGAAAUUCAGAGAGUA